AUGGCUGCUUCGGUUCUCAGGGACGGAAGAAAUGGAUUGUUCACUUCGGCUUCCCCGACUGCGGUGGACAUGCUUGAAACUGCGGGGUUUGCAACGCCCAAUUGCUGUCAAAUCCCCGGAUGUGCACGGAUGAUACCAACUAGUUCACCUACAAAUCGGAAGGUGGCAGUGAGCGACGAGGAGCUCCAACGCCGAAUUAAUGAAGUGCAAAUCACUACGGACUUUGACAACGCUCUUGCCAAUGUAUCAUCGCACGGCUGGAAGUGGAAAAGCGACUAUCGAGCUUUUUCGAUCUUCACUAGAAGCAUCGCCAGUGGAAGUGGUGCGACGGUGGCGGAUGGUCAAGUUUUAGCACUGGGGACGGUCUCCGGUGGGCGUGCUCUUGAACGGCUCGUUUCGCUUAUCAGGACACCCAGCGAGAACAAUUUCAACAAUAUGAUGCAGGAGUUGUACAAAAGAGACUUUAUCUACGGAUCUAUAGUACAUGCUACCCCUUUGAGUUCUACAAUGCUUGGAGAUGGGGGUCUGUUGACAGUCAAGACAAGCGCAUUUGCUCGGUCAAAACGAUUACCUCACAAGAAGAACGAGCAUAUGUGCUUCGUGGAGCAAUUUCAACCGACCAAGGACGGCUUCGCUAUUAUAUUUACUUCCCUGCCUCAACAUGAGGUCCUCGUUGGCAAGGCCAGUGGAAAGUAUGUCAACGAGUUGUGCCCCUACCGUGGGUGGAUCUUGGUGGAAAAGGCUCCGGAGAGCAGAGCUAGUGUACGAGUUCUCUAUUACGCAGGUAUCGACCCGGAGUUUGUUGAUGCUGAGAAGAAUAUCAGCAUUGGCCUGUGUUCGACUAAAACGACAGCUGCAAGACUUCUUCGUCUUGCCAAAGGAGUUUGUCGACUGGGUGAAGUGCUGCACCAACAACGUCAAAAAGACAGUGUGAAACGAAAAACAAGCAGUGGCAGCAGCAAUGGCAGCAAUGCAAGUUUACCCGACGUGAACAUUGACAUUUGGAACUCGCAUUGUGUAGCCUGCACCUCCAAGUUCGACUUGCUCCGACGUCGUCGCCGUUGCGGUCUCUGUGCUUACAACGUCUGCGCCAAGUGCUGUUACCGCGAGCCUAUGAUCAUCUACAACCGCUACGCCGCUACCAUUCAAUUUUGUGCCCGAUGUCGCGAAUGUAUGACAGGUGGCGAGUACCCUCACUUGCGAUUGACAGCUCGACGCCAUAGUUCACCGGGCAUUUCCAACUCUUUUGCCCAGUAA